CUUUAAGGGCGGUUCAAGAUAAAUAGAGAAAUGGAUGACCACCCAAGUUGAUAUAAUUAAGGUAAAGAAGCAAAGGAGGAAGAAGCAAAUAGGAAAAGAUGGUGAUAAUUUCCUAUGAAACACAACUAAUAAUGUAGGCAAUUUCCGCGGCAUGUUUUGCAGUCGGUACAGUUAUACUCAGCGUAGUAGAGAGUUUCGAGUUAUAUGUACUAUGAACGUCCUGAAAGGUUGCGGAUUAUGCUUGGGAAAACAGAGUGAAAUUUAUAGUCGUUUGGGAAGAUCUAGGCCGACAAGUAUAUGGGUGGAUAGAUCAUGGAGUACUACAUUUUCGGAUAUCGAUAGACCAAGAAAAGCUUUAUCACUGAGCGAUUACGGAGAUUUCGAAGCAAGUUCUGCAUCGACAGAUGGAGCGUUCUGCAAUUUAUCGGAGGGCGCCUUAGACAGAUAUAGGGACUCGUUAGAGGGCGCUUCUAUAGCAUCUAAAAUAACAAGAUUUGAAAAUUUUUCGAGCCGUAGUUCUCCUGGAAGAUGUCCUAAAACUGUGAGGGCAGCGCCACCGCCAACAAUUCCGAGGCCAGCCAAUCUUCCACCGCCAAAUAUCUACUACGAGACGACAGUAAAAAAGAAACCACCACCACCACCACCGCAAGUAGACGACGACGUAUUGGAACUGGAUAAAGUUCUAAAAGAACUGCAAGAAUUUAGCGCUCAUUUAGAUAAGAACAUUCCAGCAGAUGCUAAACCGAAGAAAGAGGAAAACUCAUAUACCAACGGAAAUCACGAUUCGAUAUUUUCUGAAAUUAGCUCUGUAACCUCUUCGCAAGAAUCGCUUAUUCUCAAAAUGAAAGAGCAAAGAGAGUUAAGGAAAAAGGAUGAAGAAUUACAUACUAAAGAGCAACAACGCCUAGACGAAAUAGUCCAUAUGUUUGAAGAGUACCGCCUGAACGGUAAUAAUGGAAAGGCCGAGAUUUCAUAUAUAACCGAUGAACACGAUUACGACGAAGUUUUCUCUUACGAACAAGAAAUGACUAAUAAUCAAAACUUACAAGAUAUCAAAAACUGCAAUACAAGUAAUACCGAUUCAGAGAAUCAGUUAAAUCAGAAAGAAAAUCUUAAAGGUGCAUUAAAGAAGACAACGACCGAAAGUGAAGAAUCGAGUAAUGGCAAUGGAGAAAUAUUUCUUAUGAGUGACAGUGAAAAUUUAUAUAAAACUGUUAAAAGCUCUCCUAAUCAGAAAGUUGAAAAAUCUACCAAGAAAGUUAGCAUUGAAUUAAGCAAGAAUAAAGAAUCCAAUUGUAAAUAUUCUCCAAAAUUUCUCAUUAAGAAAUAUGAUGAGAAUAAACCUUUGAAGAUAAUAGAGGAAAAACAAAAUCGUCCAUUAACGAGAUAUCUACCCGUCCCAGAUGGUGAACAAUUCGAUUUACGUUACCACUUAGAGACUUCCGGUCAUGGUUUAUCCGCCGACUUGGCCAUUUGCGUCAACAAAACAUCCUGCCAAGGCUGGCUGUAUAAACUUUCCGAGAGCAGACCCAGACGGUGGCAGAAACGCUGGUUCGUCUUAGACAGGAAUAAGAAGAGAUUAGCUUAUUACAGUUCUCGUCCAAGAAGUUUAUUAUCGUCUCCUAGAAAUUCUAUCAGCUUUGAUUUAAUAGAAGAAGUCUAUGUGAGAUGCGAACCAGGUCAAAGCUCACCUGGAAGUGCAUUUUGCGUAAGAACUAAAAGAAGAACACUGACACUUUGCGCAGCAUCUUCCCAACUCCGAGCAGUUUGGAUGGACGCCGUUUUCCUUGGUGGUGCUCACGCCUAUCGUUUCGAAGAGUAG